GACAUCCGUCCGCAAAAAAACUGGAUAAAAUUACAAAGUUCAAAGUACCAUAUUUAUCAAUUUUUAUUAUUAAAAUAAAAUGUUGAAUAUUUUCUCAAGAACUGUGCAUCUUUUUGUAUCAACUUCUGUCAAACAGUCGAGAUGUAUUGCAUCUCUAUCAGCAUUACCUGAUACAUAUCAAAUGUUGUACAAAACAUGCCGUGACUUCGCUGAAGCUGAACUUAAGCCACAAGCAGCUAAAUAUGAUAAAAACCAUGAAUAUCCCGGAGAGGCUAUAAAAAAAAUGGGUGAUCUCGGUCUUAUGGCUAUCGCAACUCCGGAAGAAUUAGGUGGUGCUGGUUUAGAUUAUCUAGCAUAUGCUAUAGCAUUGGAAGAAAUAUCACGUGGUUGUGCAUCAGCUGGAGUCAUCAUGUCUGUGAACAAUUCAUUAUAUCUUGGACCGGUUGUACACUGGGGAACGGAUAAACAAAAACAGGAGUUUGGGACACCAUUUUGUAUGGGAGACAGUGUGGGAUGUUUUGCACUGUCAGAACCAGGAAAUGGAUCAGAUGCUGGGGCAGCUUCAACUGUAGCUAAAGAUAUGGGAGAUAAGUGGAUUUUAAAUGGGACGAAAUGUUGGAUUACAAAUGGAUAUGAAAGUAAAGCAUCUGUUGUAUUUGCUACUACAGAUAAGAGUUUAAAACAUAAAGGAAUUUCAGCAUUCAUUUUGCCUAAACCAAUAAAAGGCUUAGAAUUAGGCAAGAAGGAAGACAAGUUAGGUAUUAGGGGGUCUUCAACAUGUUCUCUAAUAUUUGAAGAUUGUGAGGUGCCUAAAGAUAGUAUUUUAGGGGAGCCAGGAUUUGGUUUUAAAAUUGCAAUGAUGACAUUAGACUCUGGAAGGAUUGGUAUUGCAGCUCAAGCAUUGGGUAUUGCUCAGGCAUCAUUAGAUGUAGCGGUAGAGUAUGCGUCAAAGAGAAUAGCAUUCGGUAAACCUAUAUCAAAGUUACAAGCAAUUCAAACUAAACUAGCGAACAUGGCGUUACAAUUAGAAUCUGCCAGAUUGCUUACGUGGCGUGCGGCUUGGCUUAAAGAUAACAAGCAACCAUUUACUAAAGAGGCUGCCAUGGCUAAGUUGGCAGCUUCAGAGGCUGCAACAUAUCUAUCACAUCAAUGUAUUCAGAUUCUUGGAGGUAUGGGUUAUGUGUCCGACAUGCCAGCAGAAAGACACUACCGAGAUGCAAGAAUAACCGAAAUAUACGAAGGCACUUCAGAGAUUCAAAGACUUGUUAUAGCUGGACAAAUUUUGAAAGAGUAUGGAGUUUAAUAUGAGCAAGAAUUUUUCUUUUUCAAAUAAACUGCCCGAAGAUAUAAAUCUAACAAAACAAAUAUUUUAUAUAUACAUAAGUAGCAUAUAAGUGAAAGUUUUCAGAGAUAUUAUACUGUAUAAAUUAAAAUUUAAGAAAAUGGCCAUUUCUACUGUUUUUUAUAUAAUACUCUAGUAAAUCUCUUUUUU